AGAAAGGUCCAUUGCAUUGCAGUGUAAGUAUUUACAAAGCAAAGCGAAGCAAGCAUUCACUGAAUGCGCUCUAUCUCUCUCUUUCGAUCUGGGUACUAACCCUAACCCGCUUCGAACCGUGGCUUCCUCAGGCUCGCAGAACCUCUCUCGAAGAAAACCUUCUUCUUCUUCGUCUUCGUCUUCUCAACAAACACCCGGGUCGACCCGGAUCGUUUACCGAGAAUCUCGGAUCCCAUCGGAAUCCGAUUUCCCGAUCUGGCAGCAGAACUGGUUCAUCGCAUUGCUCUUCGUCAUGGCUCUCGGAUUCUUCGCCCUCGCCAUUUUCCUCUUCCUCACUCUCGACUCUGACAUCGCUCCUUCUUCCACCGCCUCCGCCUCCGCCUCCGCCGCUUCCUCCGAAGGCGUCGAGGUGCAGGUUACUUACGGCACGGUUCUGAAGCUUAUGCACGAGAAGACCAAAUUUCGGUUGCAUUCUCAUGACGUGCCCUACGGUUCUGGCAGUGGACAACAAUCGGUUACUGGUUUCCCAAAUGUCGACGAUUCCAAUAGUUACUGGAUUGUAAGACCUGAGCCAGGAACUUCUGCUAAACAAGGUGACCCCAUUAAAAGUGGCACAAUCAUUAGAUUGCAGCACAUGAGAACAAGGAAGUGGCUGCACAGCCAUUUGCAUGCAUCCCCGAUAUCAGGCAAUCUUGAGGUCAGUUGUUUUGGAGGAGAAUCCGAAUCUGACACCGGGGACUAUUGGAAGCUUAUAAUAGAAGGAAGUGGAAAGACUUGGAAGCAGGAUCAGAGGAUUCGCCUUCAGCAUAUUGACACUGGAGGCUAUCUACAUAGUCAUGAUAAGAAAUACAGUCGUAUUGCUGGGGGUCAGCAGGAGGUUUGUGGUGUUCGUGAAAAGCGUGCUGACAAUGUGUGGUUGGCAGCCGAAGGUGUCUACCUUCCCGUUACGGAAAGCAAAUGAGUUACUUAGUAUCGAUACUUAUUCUAAACGGGUAAACCAUGGAUAGUGGGAGUGGGUAGCUGGCACCGGUUCUGAUAACAAAUGCAGGUUUUUCUAUUGAAGGAUAAAUAUACAGGAGCAUUUAGGAUUAGAUAACGGUAGUAAUAUUUUGUCAUAGGUACACUUUGUUAUGUAGUAAGUGCAUGCCCCAUUUUCAUUUUCCCCGCUGAAAAUACUUGGUGUCUGUUGUUUUGUGAACGCCAUAUACCAUUCCUCUAAUAGGACUACGAAACGCAAUGAGUCUAUUUUUCAAUUGAAUUAUUAUACGGAUAAAAAUGAACCUUUAUGGAUGUGUUUCUCUUUUUGAUUUUGAUAAUGCAAAAGGAUGGGAAAUCCUUUCUGGUCCUUUACGUUCA